AUGGCUUCCCCUACAAAAGACAACUAUAACUCGAAUAUUGCGUCGAUUCCUCCUACGCACCCCUCGAGUCAUUUCCAUUCAAACAAAUCUGUAUAUGCUGUAUGGAAUCUUUUUAACUCAUCCAUACCCACAGUGUCUUUCUCCUCGGUCGCCUACGUGUUGAUCGUCGUGGCAAUCUUGGGAUUCGCUCUGGCAUUUGUACAUAAGAAUGUAAGCAAGCCUAGCUGGAAACCUAAUUCCCAGCAACUGAGCGAAAAACUUAGAUUGUUCAUGGCUGGAUCCAUCGGCGAUACAACUCGUAGGGUGUUUAAUGGAUGGUCGAGGUCGCGUCAAGACACCACGACAAUUUCAAGUAGGGACGAAAAGAGUAGACGCUUGUCUCCAGACACGUCCUCUUCGUCAUCUACAUCGCUGUCACCGUCCGUACUACCAACGCACACAGGAUCUCCGAGAUUAUAUAAAAAGACAUCAAACUCUCAGUUGACACCCCAAAGGCGUUCGAAUUCGCGUCAAAAAGCGCAAGCGCAAAUUCCACCCAUCAAUACACUUUCAGUAAUAGAAGAUAAUCAAUCUAUAGCUUCUUCAAUUAGUGAUUCGCCGAUCGAACGACCUUCCUCAUGUGCAGAACCGGACGAAACAAAAACGACUGUAACAAUUAAUGUUGUAGAUCCUCGGACUGAACAGGUGAUAAAUGGUGAUGGUCCUCGAGAAAAUAAUUUCCAGAUAGAAAAUAUUUCCGACAGUCAUUUGGAUGCGAAUGAUUCCCAAUCAGGUAUCCACAAAUUUUCUCCGGAACAUGCACAAGAACAUAUUGAUUCAUGGAAUAGAAACUCUGUCUCAAACGGAGAUGAGAAUAAUAGACGGAUAGCCUUGGACAUGAUGACAUCACCAUCCAUUUCAUCAACUCACGAUGUAUCACCAAUAUUGUAUAAAAAGAACUCAAAUACUCGAUUAAAGGAACAUCGGAGGCAAAAUUCACGUCAAAAGGAUCAGACCGUUUUUGUCGAUCAAGAAAGCGAUGAAGGAUAUCAAUCAGAUCGUAACGUAAAUCGCCGAAAUUCUUUAGAAACUCCUGUUAUAGAAAAAAAUUUUCAAGAUUCAACUCAAGAGGAUGAAAAUUUUGUAAAACCCGGGCACAGGAGACGAAGAAGGAGAACCAGGAGUUCUAAAAAUAACAACCAACAAAAUUCACGAGAACAGCAACGCCCUGAACAAAAAUCAUCAAAACAUGAACAAACACCGAAACAUGAACAUAAGGUUAACGAGUUAACUAGAUCGCGCAAAUCUAGUGAUUCAAUUCGGUCAAUGUCAUUCCCUCCUUCGCAGAAACAAUUGCAUGUACAAAAUCUCGCGCAGCAACAACAACCGAAUGAAUUGAACAAAUCCCUUCAAAUUGGAGAUUCAAAAACAAAUUGGCAAAAGUCAACGAAUCAAAACAUUGAUGCUGUACAAUUUCAAUCACAACAACGAUCGCAUCAGCGUUCUGAUCAAUCAACUUAUUUUCCUUCCGUCAAUAAACGUAAUAAUGGCCCUAUCUACCAACAACCUUCGAACGCCACAACUAUUCCCGCAAAAGCAGAGUUGAACAAAAAUACGAUUGUAUUCCGUAGAUCAGAAAUACUUGCGUCACCUCAUACUGAAAUCUCAACACAAAAUACCCAUCUGAUUGAUCAAUCGAAUGCCAAUACCCCUAUCACAAAGUUUACUUCCUAUGCUGAUGUAAUUUCUCCUCAUAAUCGGAAUUCUUCAGUCACAACGAGAGUUCCUCAGACAAUGAAUUCGUUGUUAUCAAAUGAGGUUAAGAUUACAACACCCGCCCCCACCGCUUCUGUGAUGAAUGUUACAAACCGCCAAUGGUACUCACCUUUCGGAUCUGGUCUCUCUAUUCAAUUUACCCCACCGACCUCUCCCAAAAAUAGUCACAGCAAGCUGCCAUCAUCAAAAAAUUCUUCACUCACUUUUGCUUCAACGUCUAACUCUUCACCAACUAUACCUGAACGACAUCAGUCAGUGAUUUCACCACCACCCCCAAUAUCUGCCGCAAACAAUGCGUCUUCAUCGAUGUCAAUGUUUACUUCAUCACCUUUUUCUACUCUAACCACAUCUUCAUCGAAUAUAAAUCAAUUAAAUUCUAUGAACGCAUUGUCGGCUUCAUCUUCAUUAAGGGGAACAUUCUUCGGUAAAAAACAUCCGAUUUUGGACAAAGAAAAGGGUGAUAUGUCUGAUCAAGAAAUGGAUGAAGGGAAAGUAUGGGGAGAACAGAAGGUUGAAUCUUCGGUAUCAAAAAAUAAUAACCUAGGAAAAUUGAACGAGAAAAACGUUCAGAGCACUGUGUGGUAUGAAUCACAGAGAUCUCAGCAACCACAAUUUUCUUUAUUUGAUAAGAGAUUGUCAUUCAUGUAUCCUCCAAAAUCCUAA